UUUAUUUAUCUAUAAUUAAUAAUAAAGUUGUAGUAGAAUAGGAGUGGGACUCUUUUUCUUGUUUCCUCCAAAAAACUAAAAUAAAAAAAUAAAAAAUAAAAAUUUAGUUAACAAAACUGCCAUUUAUCUUACAUUGUUAUUCACGCUGCUACUGUUACUGCUGAUUUCUUCUUCUUUCUUUUUGCUAUGGGAUAAGCGGGGAGAGUAGGAGUGAAGUUGUUUCUCUGAUCUGUUUGCUAGUGAAAUCUGAAUCCCAUUAAAAUGGGACGACCGGGAUUGGAGCGCUGUGAUGUUUGGUAUGACGUGACCCGUUUAAGGAGAAAGAGGGCACACUCCUGGAAUAAGGAGUCAGACCCUGAAAAUAGUGAUGUUUUUCGUUUAAAACGGCAGAUUCGAAAAACUAAGAAUAUGGAUGAAGAUUACGUACAGUAUUUGAUGCUUCUUCUGGAUUAUGAUGAAGAGCCUAAGUGUUACGCAAAUGAAGGCGGAAAUGAAGGUCUCACUGGUGGUGGAGAUAGGCUUAGUCAUGAUGUGAACGAAGAAGGGACUGAGUUUGAGGAUGAAGACGAGGAUGAGGAUGAUCUAGAAUACAGGAAGUUCUUGGCUAAUGCUAAACCGAACGGGACCGCAUUGGUGGCUAAAGUUGAUAGUGGUGAUGGGUUUCCUGUGUAUGUUGAGUUUGAGAAAGAGGAUGGAUCUGAUGACGAGUAUGAAUAUUUAGGACGGGGAAAACAACAGGAUUCUGGGAACGAGAAGGAUUUAGGUAAUGCCGGUUGCAGCGAGAAGGAUUUAGGUAAUGAAGGUUGCAACGAGAAGGAUUUUGGUAAUGUCGGUUGCAACGAGAAGGAUUUAGGUAAUGUCGGUUGCAACGAGAAGGAUUUAGGUAAUGCCGGCUGCAAUGAGAAGUAUUUAGGUAAUGUCGGUUGCAACGAGAAGGAUUUAGGUGAUGUCGGUUGCAAAGAUAAAGUAGAAAGUCAGCCAUCUUCAAGAAUCGACUUGGAAAAUAAUAAUAAUAGAUCUGCAGGAGACGACAAUGUUGUAAUUGAGCCUUUUGGUUCGGUUACUCUGAAGGAAACUGAGCCUACGAGCCAGCAGCUUAGCUUGGGGGAGAAUGGUGCGUGCAAGAGGCGUCAGAAGGGUGAGACAAAGAAUAGGCCAAAUAAGGAGCAGAAGAAAGGGAAAGGGAGAAGAUCGGCUAAAGUUACUACAAAAGAUGAGGGAGAUGAGAUAGAUGAAGACUAUGCCAACCUUCUCGGGAAAUUUAUAUGUAAGAAUUGGCGCACGCCAGCCUCAUUUAUGAAGAAAUAUAAUCUAAAAACGAAGAAAUCAUCAAGGACUCUCCUGGGAGAUGACAGCAAUGUAUCUGUAGGUGACAUCGAUAUGUCACAUGAGCCUUCUGAUCCACUAUCUCCAAAGAAGAAGAAAAGGGGGCGUCCGAGGAAGAAAAAUAGCACGAAGGAAAAUGAUGCAUGGAAGAAGAAGGGAAAGGGUGAGAAAAGGAAGAGAUCAAACAAAAAGCAGACAGAGAAAAAAAGGAGAAAGUUGGCAGAUGUCCCCUUCGACGAGGAUGUAGCCGGGAGAAAAUCAGUAGAUGACACUGUCAAAGAAGAGAUAACUGACGUAGAUGAAGCCCCAUUUGAGAUUGGUCACAAUUCUGAAUGCAAUGCUUCUGACGAAGAUCUUCAAAUAGUUGUCAAUGAUAAUGGUACAUUUGGAAAGGAAGGAAGAUCUAAUAUCAUGGAAGUUUCUUCAGAAAAACACUCUGAAAAUGUUGUGGAUAUCUGCCCAAGGGAAACUGUUCGUUCUGAUUUUUGGUGGCAAGUCAAGGCUCUUCUUGAGAUGCCUUACGAUCAGAGGGAAUAUACCGGAUUGUUGGAAGCUGUCAAAAGUAGAAAGCCUAUUCUAAAGGAUAAGGACUUGCGUAAUGGGAAAUUUUAUCUGUCGAGGCGGUUGGGAAAAUCAUAUUUGGAUCACUAUAAAGACCUUCAUGACAAACUUAAAGAAUUUGACAAUGACAACAUGAAGAAGCUAAACAUCUUGCGCGGCUUUUUCUUUUGGUUACAGAAUCUCACACAGGCAGGAGCCUUCAGGCCUUGGACCGAUCCGGAGUGGCUCUCGUUGCUUGAUAAUGCUACUGUUCCAACUCUUAUUUCCAUGAAUAAUCAAGCGGGGACAGUUUGGUGAAAGAUGUUACUGAAGUAUGCUAUGCUGAAGUACAACGCGUUGUCCGUUGUGUUAGUGGAUCUGUUAUUUGACUAAUAGACUCUUGCGGAAGAAUAAUUCACCCAUCGCAGUCUGUUAUAAUCCCCCAGUACUUUGUUAUAUUGAACUGUCUGUUGUUGAUUGAAGUUACUUUGCUACAAAGGAUGUAAAAGUGGGUUGAAGUUAAUGUAUCCAGAUAAAUUCUGGGUGAUAUCUUCAUCUACUUGUGUUUAUUCUGUACUGCUUUCCUUAUUAGUCGUCAUGUUUUCUUCA